UUGUAUACCGAUACUAUGAUAAAUUAAGGUAGUUAAUUUGUAGAGGCUUGAAUCGAGAGGAUUCGAUCCAAUGGCUGCCAAAUCACCGCCUCUGUGCUUCGUUCUCACUCUCCUCUCUCUCCUCUCAAUCACCUUCUUCUACCUGCAUUCCAUCUCCCCUUCGUCUUCACCAAAUCCCAAAUCAUCUACCCUCUCAAUAGCGCAGAGUUCCCUCAGAGUCUUCAUUGCGCCCCUGCCAAGGUCCCUCAACUAUGGCCUCCUGGACAAAUACUGGGCUCUGACGUCGGAUACGAGGAUCGGGAGCGAAGUAGACAAUGAAAUCAGGAAAUCCUUAACGGGCAAAGGUUCGGGGAAUCCUCAGCCAUUCCCUGAAAACCCUAUUAUUAAACAGUACAGUGCUGAGUACUGGAUCUUAGGGGAUCUGCUCACCCCCGACGGCUCCAAGGGCGAAUCUUAUGCAAUUAGGGUUUCGGAUUACAAACAGGCGGAUGUGAUCUUCGUCCCGUUCUUCGCGACGAUGAGUGCGGAGCUGCAGCUGAUCAUUAACAAAAGCGUUUUCAGGAAAAGGGUCGAGGAAAACGAGGAUUAUGUGAGGCAGAAGAUGGUGGUGGAUUUGGUGAAGAAAUCGGAAGCCUGGCAGAGGUCUGGUGGCAGAGACCAUGUUUUUGUUCUUACAGACCCUGUUUCAAUGUAUCAUCUCAAAGAUGAGAUAGCUCCGGCAAUCCUCCUCCUCGUCGAUUUCGGCGGCUGGCAACAUCUCGACGCGAAAACAUCCAACGGCUCAUCCGACAACGAAAUGAUCCAUCACACACAAGUGUCGUUAUUGAAAGAUGUUAUCGUCCCGUAUACUCAUUUACUCCCCCGCCUGGACAUAUCGAAUGAUCGAAAGCGCCACCAGCUACUUUACUUCAAAGGAGCCAAACACCGCCAUCGGGGCGGGCUUGUUCGAGAAAAACUAUGGGACAUACUAAUAAACGUGCCCGGCAUAAUAAUCGAAGAAGGUUUCCCCAACGCCACCGGAAAAGAACAGUCGAUAAAGGGAAUGAGGUCGUCGGAAUUCUGCUUACAUCCGGCAGGUGACACUCCGACAUCGUGUAGACUUUUCGAUGCCAUUCAAAGCCUCUGCAUACCCGUCAUCGUCAGCGACAACAUCGAGCUCCCGUUCGAAGGGAUCGUCGACUAUUCAGAAUUCUCUGUUUUCGUCGCCGUUAGCGACGCGCUGCGGCCAAAUUGGCUGGUCAAUCAUCUCAAGAGCUUUUCUACCGAACAAAAGGAUCAAUUUCGUCGAAAUAUGGCAGAGGCUCAACCGAUUUUUCAGUACGACAACGGUUAUCCCGGUGGGGUUGGCCCGGUUCCCUCCGAUGGCGCAGUGAACCACAUUUGGAGAAAAGUGCAUCAGAAAAUUCCGAUCAUAAAAGAAGCUGUUACACGGGAGAAACGAAAACCGGCCGGAGCUACGGUUCCUCUCCGCUGCCACUGUAUUUAAAAUCCGGUUGCAUUCGAACUCGAAUUUUUACGAUGUCUUGAUUCUAUUAGUUUUCUUACAGUCUGGUUUUUGUUCAACAUAUAUACAAUUGAUGGUGUUCAAGUUGUCUUCUGAAUUGUGAGAAACGUUAGUUGUGGUAACUUUUGGGUAAGAUUUUAACAUGAUCAUCCAUUUGGGUUAAAAUACUUUCUCUGGUUCACAUGUAAGAAAUACCAGUCAGACUUGACAAGCUACACUCAACAAGAAAUCUGUGAUCUGUGAAUGAAUUUUCUCACCAUAGAUGUCAUAAUAUGGUACUCUGUUAUAUUACAUCAAGAAAGGAUGAAGUCCAAAGUGAAGCAGAGAAGAGGAUGAUCUUUGGGGAUUUUUACAAGAAUUCAGGUAAGAACACAGUUUAAAUUCUGCAUAAUUAUUCAGCAUAUACUGUGAUUGCCAUAUAAUAUCUUAUGAUUCUUCAUACAAUCCUGGAAAAAAAUACAAAUUUACAUCCAUCUGCAUUCUGCAGCUAACCAAAAACAUGCAAUAAUAUAUUUUCAUUUCAUGAAACAUCAGUACAAGCCUCUCAAUACCUUUCCCUUUUGUUUUUACAAUUACCAAAAACAUCAUUCAUGCAUAGAUACAACAAAUAUAUAUAUAUAUAUAUAUUUAAAUGUAUGUAUGUAUGUAAAUAGGCUAUGCUGACCUAUAAAUAUCGAAGUACCCCCAGAACUAAGCUGUAAAAAAUAUAGCAGAAGAGGGGACAGACCAACGGCAUUUUAUGACAAUAUAUAUACAAUAAGACAUUAAGUUUACGAUAAUAUAAGAA